AUGAGAGCCUCUUCAUGCGAGGAAAAGGGCCGGUUUCCACCAUUCCAUCUCAAGGCCUUCACCGCUCUUCACCCGCAAUCAAGGGCAUCUGCCAUGGAACUGGACCAUCAAAUGAGCCGAGAUAAGGCUCAUCGGCUGCCAGAACAGAACCCCACUGUUCGCGGCACAGCAAACAAGUCAUUCAGCAUCCCCAGCCGCGAGCUCUCCAGGAUUGACUCGACAGGCUCAACCUUGGCCGACGAUAAGCCCCAGCGCUUGAAACAUAUUGACUCGGGAUUGACUGCGAAUUCUAUGCUGGAUGAUUCACUCUACGCGCGCCCUGCCACGUUGGACUUGUCGCUGCAUCCUGGACUUGGCCUUUUCGGACUGGACGUGCUUAACAACGAAGCAAACUUCCUCCCAGACUCUAGACUAGAUGUGUUGACCGUGUCGGGACCCGAAAACAGACUCGCAUUUCAUACCGACCAGAGCGAUGCACAGGUGGAGGCGACAAUCGAUUUCCUCGAGUCAAGCACCGGCAGUCCAGCUCUGAUAGUCAUAUGCGUCAAGCUUGAGGCAGACCCCAAUGCAUCGUUUGAGCAAAAAGCUUGGAUGUCAAAGUCGCUCGCCAAAAAACUCUUUAGUUACUACGAUAUCCACGCCGGGUUCUUGCUCGACCUCGUCGGACGUCCAAAUUAUUGGUCCGCCCUGUCCCAGGUGAAGACUGAUCCAAGGCACCACCAGGACGUGUUUGAGCUCUUCUGCCAACAUCCGCGAUGGCACCAAAAAGGUCGGUACGACAAGGAGAAGGGCGCCAUGCAGGGCAAUAAGGCGCCCUGCUCUCUCUACAUGGCCUACUCCGUCGCCACCGAUACAACCGUUUACCUAGUCGUUGCUCCGGACGAUGGCAUCUGGUUCUCUUUCGUGGAUCUCAUACAGCUUAGCCCUCCCAAAGACGGCCACACCUUGGUGUCGGGAAGGGAGCUGGCGACGAGUCCUUUUCUUGUGCACUCGAUGGUGUCCAAUAUUGCAUUUGAACAAGCGACCAUCUACGCUGCCGACACACGCAUUCGAUUAAUGACGCAGCUCAAAAAGGUCAAUGACUACUCCGACAGCCAGGACCUGGAGAACAUGCAAACUGAAGAUAUGCAUGACUUCGACUCCCGCAAAGAACUAUCUAGCAUCACCCGCCAACUGUAUUCAGUAUCGCAGAUGAUAAAUACCGGACUCGGGAGCGCUAGUUCGGCUGUAAAGCUGAGUGUCAAGCUGCUCGAGGCACACACGCAGUUCUGCCAGCGUACGGGGAGAGGAGGGCCUGGGACAUCCGUCAGCCGUACCCACACAGCGCUCCAAUACGUGCACGAUGCGUAUCUUUAUCAGCAAAGUUGGCUCGAGCAAUACAAGACCCGAAAAGAGACAGCCAUGGGCUUUGUGUUCAACAUGGUCACGCAAGGGGACAGCUCCCUUGCUCUAAGCACAUCUUAUCGAAUGUCCCAGGACAGUUCUUCAGUACAUGCAAUCACAGUCCUCACCAUGAUCUUCCUUCCGGGGACCUUUACGGCAACACUAUUCUCCAGUGUUGCCUUCCGAGCUAGCGACUCUGGCGCAACUGAGAUCACAGCUUGGUUAGCACCCUUUGUCAUUGUAGCGAUAAGCUUAACUAUCACUGUGCUUAUCAUUUGCGAGGGCAGCGACGACGAGGGCGUUUAG